GCGCUUGCGCAUUUUUUUACCAUUUACCUCGAAAGUAGAAAAGAAGUUUAUAGCGCCACCUUUAAUAUGAUUCAUUUGUAUGUUUAGUGUUUUCCUGUCAUUAUACAUGGGGUCCCAAAAUUAUUUUGUAAACACUUGGAGAGUGAACAUCGCAUUCGUAAAUCUUGAUAUGCAUUUUAUACGCAAUAUGCAGUGCCUAACAAAGAAGUUCGAUGUUUUACAUGGUUAAUUCCAUUGAAAGCUAUGUUUAACUUUCAAGGAUAACGAGACAGUAUUUGGAACGCAACUUUCCUUAUUCUUCAAAUUAUACUAUUUUCUUUUUUUAUUUUCACUGACGCAAUGAUCGCGAAAACAUUUCUUAUGGUAUUAUGCAUAACAAGUCUCUUUUACAUUUUUUACGUUUUACGUAAAUUAGUGUAUUUCCUUUCUGAUCCGAAUGAACAUCGGAAAACUUUACUUCUAUCUAUCGAAGAUGGGAAUCUAAAUUUAUCCACAUUAUGGUCAUUAUUAAUAAACUCUUGUUUAUUAAGUAUUUUCAUAUUGCAACAUUCGUUUAUGGCGAAUGCUACAGUGAAAAAUGUUUUAAAAAAGUUAUAUAUUAACGAGAUAGAAAGAAGUUUUUAUAAUACAUGCAGUGCAGCUACUCUUUGUUUAUUACUGGACAAUUGGCAAUUUAUACCGUGGAUUAAUAUUUGGAAUUUAAAUAUAUCUAAUAAUAACAUAUUGUGGUCAAUAUUUAUAUUUAUACAUGUUCUUGGCUGGUGUAUCAUAUAUGGAGGGUGCUUAAUAAUGGAUAUUUCAGAAUUGGUUGGCUUUAGGCAAGUUUAUUAUAAGAUUACAGCAAGGCCUAGUCCUAUGAGUAAAAAAUCUAAAGAGUUACAACGAUAUUAUGCACAUAUGAGACAUCCCAGUUUCAUUGGUUUUCUUAUAAUUUUGUGGAUACAUCCUUUUAUGAGCCUUGACAGAUUUCUAUUGGCUUCAAUAUUUACAAUUUAUAUGUUAUUAAGGUGGGCUAUAGAUAAAGAAGAUUAUCAAUAUCAUGCUCAUGUCCUUAGAUGCAAACAAAGAGAAUGCUUUUUUUAAUAUUUUUGUAUACUAAAAUAGGAAAUGAGCAAGUGCUUUGAGGAUGCUUCAAUUUUAUAUAAGUAGAUGUAAUAUAACUGUAUGUUGAUGUAUGUAUUAAUAUUGUAUUAACUGUGUCUACGUAUUGUAUAUUUAUUUAUUAUAAAACAAAGUAAAAGUUAUAUUAAUUA